AUGACGGAACAAGUAUUCAAUCACCAACGACGGAAAUACACAAUCCUCCAAGCCGAUGGGCUCUAUCCAGAUGACCUGGUCGAACAGCGCACGUUCGCGCCUCGAGACGCUGAAGAUUAUGAGGUCCACUAUGUACAGGCCAGUUUAAUACCGCCAGGAGCAGCGUCGGCGAAACCCUGGUCAACCAUUGACAAGGAGCUGCGAGAUCGAGUCGACGGCAUCAUGCUGCUCAAGGCGUACUUCACCGCGGCGGAUCUGGAACUAUUCCCUCGAUUAAAAGUCAUUGUGCGGAUGGGCGUUGGGUACGACCGGCUCGACCGAGACGCCUUGGGCAAACGAGGAGUAAUAGUGUGCAAUAUUCCAGACUACGGUAUAUGUGAGAUUGCCGACCACGCCAUCGCCCUGGCCCUCUCUCUGAGACGAGGGAUCCUCCUCCACGACGCAAAGCAGCGAACCGAGCCGCCGGCGCCCUACGUCUUUGUCGACUCGCCGCUCGUGUCGCGGGUGCGCGGCCGGACGUUUGGGGUGCUGGGCCUGGGCCGCAUCGGCACGGCAACGGCGAUGCGCGCAAAGGCAUUUGGGUGGAACGUCCUCUUCUACGACCCCUACGUGUCCAACGGGACCGACCAGGCGCUCGGCGUCGAACGCGUGAGCGACGUCCGCGAGCUAUUCCGCCGCUCGACCACCCUCAGCCUACACUGUCCGCAUACGCGCGAGACGCGCGGUAUGGUGGGCUACGACCUGCUGAGCCUCUUGCCGCGGGGGGCCAUCUUGGUCAACACGGCGCGUGGCGAGGUGGUCGACCUCGACGCCGUCGAGCGCUGCUUGAGGGAAGGCGUCCUUAGUGGCGUCGGCCUGGACGUUUUGCCCAUCGAGCCCAUCCCCGCGGACAGCGUCCCCUCCCUGGUACAGGCCUACCGUCGGAGGGAGUCGUGGCUCCUCGGACGCAUGGUCCUCACCUGUCACUCGGCGUACUACACCCCAGAGAGCUUCGCCGACAUCCGCGUCAAGGCUGCUCAGACCAUGAGGGACAAUCUGAUCGACGGCCGCCCGAGCAACGUCAUUCUCCCCGAGAUGGAGUAG